UGCUCAGCUCGCAUCAGUCGGAAGAAAAACGCCAUCACGGCAUGCGACGAAGCUCCCCGCCGUUCGCAGUCAUUCUAUGUGCAGUGCAGAGCCAGCAGCAGAUGAUUGAAUUGACAUUCAAGUGACAUUCUACGCUCACUUUUUCAUCGCAGAAGAAGAACAGCCAUCCGUCGUAACACCAGACAGCAGCGGGAAGAAAUUAGAACCAGUUUUUUUUCCACGGAAUCGGAGUGCAAUGGUCCCGGAUCGACGCUAGAACCUAGGUUCCCCGGUAGCACCAGCGAAACCCGCUGCUGAAGCAAGUGAAAUUCGCCCGAAUCGAACAGGGCAGAAGCGAGAAAAGUGCGAUUCUAGUUUUGCUGCUGGUGCGAUCAUUUUCCGCCGUCUGUCUGUCUCAUCGAGGGGAAAACUUUAUUUUCCUGUCUGUCGUCUGCAUCAAGGGGGAAACAAAUUCAUCGAUUCGAGUAGAGGUUGGUUCCAUUAAGGAGGGUGAGGAUGAGGAGCCGCAGCAAUUCGGGGGUCCGGCUGGACUACUACCAGCGGAUUGUCCACCGAUUGAUCAUGUCUCAUCAGCAGCCGGUGACCGGUCUAUUUCCGGCUAGCCCACAAACGCAGCAUGCCUGGAUUCGUGACAACGUAUACUGCAUCUUGGCCGUAUGGGGACUCUCGAUGGCGUACAAGAAAAUAGCCGAUCAGGACGAAGAUCGCGCCAAAGCGUACGAGCUGGAGCAGUGCUGCGUCAAGUUGAUGCGUGGCCUCCUCAUGGCCAUGAUGAACCAGAAGGACAAGGUCGAGCGCUUCAAGACCACUCAGAAUCCGUUGGACUCGCUGCAUGCGAAGUACUCGAGCAAGAACGGCCAACCGGUUGUCGGGGAUGAGGAUUGGGGCCACUUGCAGAUCGAUGCCAUUUCGCUGUAUUUACUGAUUCUGGCCCAGAUGACGGCAUCGGGGCUGCAGAUUGUGUUCUCGCUGGACGAGGUGUCCUUCAUUCAGAAUUUGGUGUUCUACAUCGAAUCGGCUUACUGCAUCCCGGAUUACGGAAUUUGGGAGCGUGGUGACAAGUCUAACCACGGACAAACGGAGCUGAAUGCCAGCUCGAUUGGUAUGGCCAAGGCGGCUCUGGAGGCCAUGAAUGAGCUGGAUUUGUUCGGUGCUCGUGGAGGUUCCGGAAGUGUUAUCCACGUGCUAGCCGACGAGGCCCACAAGUGCCAAGCGGUACUGCAGUCGAUGCUUCCUAGGGAAUCGAACAGCAAAGAGUUGGAUGCGGGUCUGCUGUCGGUGAUAGGAUUUCCUGCUUUUGCUUGCGAUGAUCCGCAGUUAAUAGAGGCCACCCAGGACGCGAUCAUCACCAGACUUCAGGGACGAUUCGGGUGCAAACGGUUUCUCCGGGAUGGCUACAGAACCCCGAAGGAGGACAGAGGCCGACUGUAUUACGAGCGGUGGGAGUUACGGAUGUUCGAAAACAUCGAAUGCGAAUGGCCGCUGUUCUUUUGCUACUUGAUACUGAACAAAGAGUUCCAGCAGGACAAGGAAUCGGUAUCGGAGUACACUCAGAAGUUGGAGGACAUUUUGGUGAAAACCGAAGAAGGCAUGCGGUUGGUUCCGGAAUUGUAUGCCGUUCCGGCGGAUGUGGUCGCCGCCGAGUAUAAGAAUCCCGGUUCGCAGCAACGGAUGUUUGUUGGACGAUGCCCGUUUCUGUGGGGCCAGUCACUGUACAUCUUGGGCAAGCUGCUACAGGAAGGUUUCCUAGCGGUUGGUGAACUGGACCCGCUGAAUCGUCGGUUGGGUGCCCAAAAGAAACCGGACGUCGUCGUUCAAGUGGUCAUCCUGGCCGAAGACAACGACAUCCAAGAAAAGCUAGCGGAGCACGGCAUUCAUGUGCAAACCAUUGCCGACGUGACUCCGAUCGAGGUGCAACCGGCUCGGGUGCUGAGCCAUCUCUACACCUAUCUGGGUCGCAACAAGAAACUCGGCCUCAGCGGUCGUAAAUCCCGAGACGUCGGUAUCCUCAGCACCAGCAAGCUGUACUCCCUCAAGGAUCGCAUCUUUGCCUUCACUCCUCAGUUUUCGGACGUGAAUCGCUUCUACAUUGCGUCGGACAACGAGCUGAUGAUCGAUCUGUUGAAGGGCGAGAUAAACUUCCUGAAAUCGGCCUGGCAGAAUCUUCUGGGCCGCCCGCUGCUGACGCUGACGCUGAAGAACGUACAUCUAGAGAACAACAAAGUUCCACUGGCAAUGGUUCAGACGAUGAAGAAGCUAAAGUCCGGAUACAUCAACGGUACCCGCGUCAUUCUUGGCAACUUGGGAGAUUUUAUCAACACGUCGGCCAUUACCGAUUUGAGCUUCCUGGGCAGUCAGGAGGAUGGCUACCCGGACAAACUCAAUCCCGCCGUUCAAUCGUAUCUGGAUGAACACUUGCUGCGGUCCUUCAGUCACCGUGCGUCGACUACCUCAAUCCGGUCAUCCGGAUUGCGCCCGAGGAAUCUCCGGCGCCGUAUGUCCGUCAAAGGUGCCAUCAAAAAGACACGUUCGAUCAACGUGGACUCGGAAACCUUGGGCAUGGAAGGUAACGUAACCGAGCGCCGGCUGUCCCACUCGGUAACUCCGCAAUGGCUCGAGCCGAACCAAUCGGGCGCGGUGCAGCCACCGCGGGACACUUCGCCGAACCAGUUGGGACGCUUCAGCGAACAGCGAGUGUCCAUGGACGACACCACCAAGUUGCACAUCCAGACUUCGGCCACCAAUGCUAGUAAGUCGGGAUGUUGCGGCACGUCCCUGGAAUGUAUUCUGAAACCAUCCUGUUUUUCAGCACCCAAAAUUCAGCUGCAGCCACUGCCCCGCCACCGUCCGGCUACGGAGACGAACUUUGAGAACACCGAAGUCGAGGAACUGAUUGCGAUGCUCCGGGAAACCGAAAGCCUCGAAGAGCAGGGAGAUAUUUUGCAGCAUCUGGUCGAUACGCAGGGUUUGGAUUUCAACACCGGCAUGCUGGAGGAGGGCCGCGUCGUUACGGUACGCGGCCUGCUGAAGGGACUCUACGAGAAGGCCUGCCAGCAGAAGCUGUGGGGACUGGUCCGGCACACGGCCGGCAUGCUGGGCAAGAGGGUCGAGGAUCUGGCCAAGGCCGUCACCGAUCUGCUCGUCCGACAGAAACAGGUCACCGUCGGAAUGCCGCCGAACAGCGAGUACACCAUAACGGCCCCUUUGCCGGAAACGGAACUCCGUACGUUGAUCCACGAGGCGUACGGCGACGACGAGAGUACGGCCAUGUUGACGCAGGAGCUGCUCGUCUAUCUGGCCAUGUUCAUCCGGACGGAACCGCAGCUGUUCCACGAGAUGCUUCGGCUUCGGGUGGGUCUCAUCAUUCAGGUUAUGGCCAAGGAGCUGUCCCGUACGCUGAACUGCGACGGCGAGCAGGCCUCGGAGCAUUUGCUGAACUUGUCUCCGUUCGAGAUGAAGAACCUGCUGCACCACAUUCUGAGUGGUAAGGAGUUUGCCAUCAACAGUGUUGCCAGGGGUAACAUUUCGAUUGUGAGCUGCAAGUCGAGCAGGGUCAGUAAGAAAAGUCAGAUUGGGUUGGGUAAGGAACCGGAGGAAGGCGAGAGCUCCAUGAUCGACGAUCGUCAGGGUCAAUGGCUGCGACGUCGCCGAUUGGACGGGGCUCUGAACCGAGUUCCGAGGGAUUUCUACCCAAGGGUUUGGACAGUGCUGGAGCGCUGCCAGGGAUUGGCCAUUGAGGGACGGAUUUUGACGCAGAGCCUCACCCAGGAAAUGACACCGAACGAGCUUAAAUUUGCCCUGGAAGUUGAAACCGCCCUCAAUACCAUACCCCAGCCAGAGUAUCGACAGCUUGUGGUGGAAGCGCUGAUGGUUCUGACCCUGGUCACCGAGCACAACAUCAUUGCAUCGCUUGGGGAAAUCAUCUACGUGGAACAUCUGGUUCACAAGGCGAACCAGCUGUUCUUGGAGGAUCAGCGAAAGAUUAAUGGCGAUGCAAUGUUGUGUUGUGCGAAGAAUAAAGACAUUCGGGAGACAACGACCGCCGGACUGCUGCUUUGCGGUGGAGCUGCGUACAUCUGUCAGCAUUUGUACGACAGCGCCCCUAGCGGCAGCUUUGGAACGAUGACCUAUAUUGCCAGGGCGGUCGCUUCGGUGCUAGAGGGGCUGCCCAAACAGGGUGACAUGGAUUGCACAAUCUCAUAAAAAGGAUAGCAAGCAAAUGACUCAUUGUUCUCUUCAGCAAAUCCCCAUCUCUUCUUAACCCAACGAGGAUCUUUAAGUGUGAAUGUGCUUAAAAUUACUUAUUACUGUACGGUAGAUAAAGAUGAAACGAAUCCGUUCGUUGAGGAGGAACUCUCGUUGUAAUGUGGCCCUGUUUUUGCAUAGUGUUCGAAAUAUUUUGUAUUCUUAUUCCGAAACUUGGUAAUAAAGUAUAAAAGCUAACUGGAAAUACUUUAGUUUCUAUCAAAAACACUAAUCUUGAAAACAAUAGGAUUGAAACAUUUAAUCGGUGGAAAACAUCAACAUUUUACAUACAUAACCUUGUGCCGAGUUCAAUUCAUAAAGUAUAAAUAUUUCAAACAAUGCGUAAAUGGCGGCCGAGUUUCAACGAGAACCACCUCUCUAAUGUUUAGUAGGAAUCCAAUAAAUUCAACCCGUUUAGGAACGAAUACGAAAAUUAACUAGUUAGAACCGGCCAGUCAAAAGGAAUGAUGAAGGAACGAAUUGCAUGACAUACCAAUCCCACAAUCACAUACACACACAGCAAACAGCACAUGAUUCAAAACGAUCUUUAUGAGUAAGCGAUAAAAAUGUCUUGUUCGAGCAAUAUUCUAUAUUUACCUACAAACUUUUUUAUUUUACAAUACAUAUACACGUUUUGUUAUUUUAUUUAUGAGAGGCAUUAUCUAUUACAAACUGCUGGCUAUUCUUCUUAAUAGUGAUAGCAUGAAAUAUAUAUUUCGUAAAACAAGUAUUGUUUUCAUAUCAUACUUUUAAUACUAAGGAUAGUUAUUGUGUUUGAUGUAAGUUUUUUCUUCUCUAUUCGAAUGCAAACGAUUACUAUAUUACUAUUAUUAUUAUGGAGUAAAGACACGAAAAUGAAACGAGCAGCGCUGAUUAACGGUACCGAUAUUAUUAUUAUUACCUUAUUCUAUACCAUAUUAUUACCUUAUACAAGCAAUUGAAACACCUUUUUAGGCGACAAAAGAAGCAAAUUCAAAACCCGAAACCAUAAAUCCCGAGAGAAUAGCAUAAACCAUGUUGAAAUUAGA